GCUUUGUGUCACAUUUACAAAGGCCUGAUCCCUGCAGGGUCUAUAAAGAGGUCCAGUACCGCUCACUACCCGGUCCGGUCCGAACUAAACACAGUCACAAUGAGCAAGAUUAUAUUCUACGAGGAUAAGAACUUCCAGGGCCGCCACUAUGAGUGCAGCAACGACUGUGCUGAGAUGCACAACCACUUCAGCCGCUGUAACUCCAUAAAGGUGGACAGUGGCUGUUGGGUGGCCUACGAGAAGCCCAACUACACUGGCUACCAGUACAUGCUGAACAAGGGCGAGUACCCCGACUACCAGCGCUGGGCUGGUUUCAACGACUGCAUCCGCUCCUGCCGUAUGGUGCCCCCUUAUCGAGGAAACUACAAGAUGAAGAUCUACGAGCGCUCUGACUUCAGGGGUCAGAACAUGGAGAUGAUGGAGGACUGCCCCGACCUGCACGAGAGCUUCCACAGCCGCGACAUCUCCUCCGCCAACGUCAUGGAGGGUUACUGGAUCCUCCACGAGCACCCCCACUACAGGGGUCGUCAGUACUUCCUUCGCCCUGGCGAGUACAGGAGGCACAGCGAGUGGGGAAGCUCCAGCCCCACCAUCGGCUCCCUGAGACGUGUCACCGAGACCCCCUGAAGGUCAAUCGAGACCCCCCUCUUCCUCCCCUAAUGCAGCCCAAUUCUAAAUUCUGUAUUGAAGCCCUAACCUCUAUUGCUAGCACUGUUUGACUAUUGUGUAUCUACUGUGGUCAUCUGACCCUGAAAUCACAUUAAUGUGAUUGGGGGUUUUGUUCCAUUUGGUGUUGGGUCUUCGCUGCUUUGCUUAGACUGGGAAAGUAGACCUCGGUGCUCAGGCGAUGCUCGUAUGGUAACGGUGAUGGUCUCUCUAGCUUUGGUUGCUGCAGAGCAAAAUGAUCUGCUUUGCCAGUCCCCAACCCCCUGUCCUAUAGGAACCAAAAUAAAUGAAAAGUUGAUAAAAGUCAA